AUGGCUACUGUCAUGCAUGGCCGAAGAAAAGGCAGUGCCAAAGGCAAGAAAGAGCUGCCAUUUUCUACAGAUGGUCUUACACAAGGCAUGCAUUUAGCUGAUGGCACUGACCUUAGACAGGUCACAGUUCUGUCAAAAGAGGAUUGGGACCGCAUCCAAAUGCAGCUUCAUCGCAAGCAAAUAGAAGAAGAGAGGACAAGAAAAAUCAGAGAAGAAAGAGAAGAAAAACAGAAAAAAUCAAAUGAGAUGAUUAAAGACUGGGGAAACACAAUUGCAGGACAGAGACAGCGUAAACUAGAAGCCCGUAAAUUGCGAGAACAGAAGGAAGAGGAGGAGAGACAACAGAUUGACCUGGAGGAAGCCAAAUUUCAGGCUCAGCAGCGCAAAGAGGCUAUAGAGAAAGCCAAGACCCAACAAUACUAUCAGACUGACAGAGUCAAGUCCUUCCAUAGUGCUCUCAUGCUAACAGAGGUCCUGAAGGAAAGAGAAGCUCAGAUUGAGCUGAAAAAACUGAAACAGAAGGCCAAUGAGGGUCAGGACAUUGAAUACUUGAAACGGGCCCAGCGUGAAUAUGAUGAAGCAAUACAGGCAGAUCAACAUAAAGCCAUGGAAAGAAUCCAAGCUGCAAAACAUACAGCACAAUUCCAGAUGUCACAGGUAGGAGAGCACAUGAAAAACAAAGACAAAAUGGUGGUUGAGGAUCAUCUUGAAGGACAGGAGCUGAAGAAGCUGGCAUCUCAGUACCAUGUAGAGAAGGAACAUCUUGAGUCCAUCAGGAAGGAUGAGAAAGCACAGCUGCUGAAAGACAACAUGGCACAGAUUGAAAGCAUCAAGAGAAUGAAACAAAUACAGAUCCAACAGGAGGAGGAAGAAGAUGAGGAGUGUCGUAUCUUUGCAGCAGCCAAGAGAAAGAUGAUGAAAUUGAGAGCAGAAAAAGAAUCAGAAAUUCACACAGAGAAGCAACGCCACCUGGAGAAGAUUCGGGAGAAGCUUGGUGCCCAAAUGAAGCAAAAGGUUAGCGAUGAGGAUGAUAGGAUUCGAAGAGCAGUUGAAGAGGCAGAGGAGAAACGUGCUGCAGAGGAGGCCUCAAAGGAGGCAAAGCUUCGAAAGAUGAUGACAGAGGCUGCAGAACAUCGUGAUGGACAGAUGAAGGAAGCAGAGCAAAAGAAGAAAGAUGAACGUCGCCAGGAGCUGGAGACAAUUCGUAUCAGAAAGGCAGCCGACGAAAUCUUUGAAAGAAAUGAGGAAGAGAAACGUGUGAGAAAGCGGGAAGAGGCCAUGGGGCUAAAGGACUUCCAGCGCGUUCAGGCUGAGGAGAGGAUAAACAAGGCACGUGACACACAGCAACAGGCCCUGAUGCUGGACAAAGCCAACAUGGAGCUGCUCAAGAUCGAAGAAGAUCAGUUCCAGGAGUAUGCCGGUAAAGUCAUUGAGCACUGUGAGCGCGGGGGGCGCAAUGUGUACCCACUACGUAAAGCAGCACAAACUGGGGCUGGAGGUGGCAGUGGGCCAAUCUUCAAUGGAAAGGGUGGCAUCCGACCUAGCUAUAUGGUGUCUGACAAAUCGGGUAAACAGAUGCCACACUACCAACGUGAUACAACAGAUGAAACCAAAACAAACAUUUAUGGCAAAAGUGGCUCAAAGAAACGUCUUGGAUUUGUGUGGUAGGCAAUAACAACUUCAUAAAGUAACUAUGGAAUUUAAAGUCGAAGAAAAUAUAUUAUUUCGAAAUGUGGCAUUUCGUAAUCGAAGCAGAAGAAAAUUAAAACAUGCUGUGACUGUCGCGGAGUACACCAUGGAAGUGGAGUCUACAUGUGUGCAAAUAUGUAUUAAAUCAUUGAUUUUUAUAUCCUGAACUUUGGAAAAUUAAAAAAACUGCAGGACUUGUGAAUGGGGAUACCCUUAGGAGCCCUGUAUAUAAUGAGAGAGUGGGCCUUCUCCAACGUGUUGUAACUGUUUUUCCAGUGGAGAGACUUAUUCUUUAUGUCUAACCUAAUAACACAUCCAUCAGUCAGCACAUUAAGUCCAAAAUUAUCCUUAUUACUAGAUAUCAACACCACUCAACCUCCUUGUCACUUCUCACACUCUUCCAGCUGAUAAACAUUUCUAAGACAGCAUUAAGGGAGAACUAUAUUGUCAAUAGCAGUUUCUCUCAACGAUUUACUUGUUAUUUCUAAGUUUUAAUUUUUUCAGUAAGUUAUCCAUUAUUUUCAGUGCUAAAUGUUGUAUGUUUUAAUACACACAGCUAUCAAACUUGACCAAAUAAACCGACCAAGUGCCGGGUUCUCAGCUACUUUUUCUCCAACUGGUCUACAGAGACAAAUUCACACUGUAUUAUCCACAUCCCUUAGCACUUUAUCAAUUGACAUUUGAGCCAAUUUGAAAGGCUGUCUCUAUUUUAUUUAACGUAUCUGUGAUAUAGAUAAUCAUAUACAAAAAUAUGUCAUGUAUAUUUUACUGCUGUUGAAUC